UGAUUUAAUACAUUUUUAUCAGCUGCUGGAAUAUGAAGCUUCUUCCUGUCGUGGGCGUGAAUUCAGAAGUUUUCCAUUUAGAUUCAAUUGAAGAUUUACUUUGCCCUCCCCUCACUCUUACAGUUCGCUUCACUUAGAGGAGACUUUUAAAGCCGGGUGGGAGCUGGAACAGCCGCUGCUAUCGUUUCGAGUUAUGUUCUACAAGCCAAGUCGUGCGCCGGACGGGAUGAUGUGACCGAGCAGAAGCGACCGUUGUAUCUCUUGACGGGCAAUUGAUUGGAAGUGCCCCAGAAUUAGGUAGUGGCAAAUCCGAGGAGUAUCAGACUGACACACGACCGGGUUGCUGUAAGCCCUGGGGACACAAGCUUGACGUGAUCGGCGUGUUGCCGUGACUGUAAUUUCUUGAGCCGGUGCCAGUUAAAUGCAGUGAGGGUGGCUUGCGCCGAGAGCUGUCGACAUGUGUGCUCGCCUCGCCCUGGCACACUGUCGCCGGCUAAAAUGUUCUCAUUCUGUACUACUGGUGGUGGCGAUCGCAGUGUGCUUGGUUUACCCAUCGCUCACCGUCUUCCGACUCCGAGCAGGCAGCAUCAGUCCCCUUGAACUGAAGCAUAGCUCCUGGAAUAAGUCAACACAAGUCCCAAGAAACGGGCAGGAAUCUGACGGGAAUCCUAAAUGCAUUUCUGGACUCGCUGCACUUCGAAACCUGAUCGAGAUUGAACACAUACAAUCUAAUGCCUUCAACAUUCGCAAGAAAACUGUUGUGCUACGAGGAUAUAAUUCCAUUAGUUCAUCUGACCUUCGAUUAUAUCGGCAAAUUUUUGUCCAAUAUGGUUAUGAGCUUGUUCUACCAGCACAAGUUGGAGGAACCAGCUAUAAGGAAGGAUAUAAAGAAGCUGGAGCUGAACACUGGGACUUGUUGCUUUGUUUCACAUCAGAUGAACUUGAUGAUGACAGGUGCCUUCAAAAGGAAAUGUUUGAACAACUCCGACUCCAUCAGAAGGUAAACAAGAUACCAGGAUUAGAGAAUACCCUUUGCAGAAAAGAUGGCUUUUGUGAAAUUAUGAAGACUGCCCAAAGCCUACCAGCUCCUCAACCUUUGGCUGUCUCACCUUUGUGCUUUGACCAUUAUGUGGGCUUGGAAGCUACUAGCAACCAGAUCAGGGCUGAAGAUACGAAUCCUCACCAAGGAUAUACCUCUUCUCUGAAGCUUCAAAGACCAAACAAUCACAUUGACAUGAAACGAUAUUAUGCUUUUUCAGAAAAUGCUCUCUGGGGAAAGCAGCAAGGUGUUCCAAUAGAAGGCCUUUCAGCAAUUCUCAAAGUCUAUGUUUUGGUGACCUCACUGUCUCCACUACGAGCAUUCAUUCAUUCAACUGGACUUGUCCAGGGUGAACCCAAUAAGAAGUUCUUUGUUACCAAGCUUCUGGAAUAUUUUGAAAAGUACUUUGGAACAGCUGCUUCUGCACAGGCCUUUGAGAACAUGAAGGAGCAAAUCACACAACUAUUACUGAUAGCGGAAGUGAAUAUUGAAUUUUCCCCUAGCAGUCAAGGAACAUCAGAAAGAUGUUGUUCGUGUUUUCAGCUAUUGGCCUUUGAUCUUAGCUUUGGUUCAUCUCUCUAUCCAGUGAUUGUUGAGGUACACCAACAGCCUGUCUUUGAAGCGGAUGAUAACAUAGCUUUUGCAGAUCGCAUCACCAAAGAUUUCCUGCUGGAAGAUACUUUCAGGCUGCUAUUAUCUGGUGCAUCUGUAGUAAGUGAACUAUACGAAGCUUUAGAAAAUGUACAUCAAUCUGCAAGAUUGAAGAGUAACAGCUGGCUCCAGAAACGUGAACUUUGUCUGAGUGCAAGAGAUGUAACAGUCAUUAGUCACUUUCAAAUGGAAUUCAAGAGCCAAGGGAAGUUUCAGUUGCUUUAUCCAUCUAGUAAUCCAGAUUAUCAAAGGAUAUUAUAUGCAUUAUAUCGCAAGUUUGAUAGCACAGCCAGGACAAGAUCUAUUCGAGGGAUGCAUCUACUUCUUUCAGAGCUGCAAGAACAAUUCCAAGCUCUUCAUCUGAGGAACAGUUUGAAUGACUUCAAAUGGGAACCAUUCCAGACUAUACCACCUCAUACGUUUGUAAAGACUGGCAACACCAAAAUCGGUCAGAAUAAACCAAACAAUUGCAGCACAGCCAAACAUACCCUGACAUACAUCUCUUGGGUCCUUACUAGACCACAGUUGAAACUGAAUCCCACUUUUACACCAAAGAUCAGAGUGUACUAUUCGGAGGUCCCAUUUGAUGUGGCAAUGAUAAAGAUAAAAGCCCAGGCAGCCAACUGCCACUGUCAGGUACAUCUGGAUGAGAAAAAGGGAUCCAGUUUCGCAAACUAUCCUCUUGGCCUUGGAAACAACAGGAUCCACAUUCUGGUGUCAGACGAGUCUCGCGCCAAACCUGCUAUUGUAGCAACAUACACCGUCAAUGUGUACCGCCACAGCCGCCCCAGUCUGCCUGUACUUGAUGAAAGUAUCAUGUGCAGUUUUUUGCAGGACUGUGGGUUGAUAAUCCAGCCUGAUAAACCUUGUGGCCUGCAGCCAGUGUCAAAUGGUUCCCUCUCAACAGUUGUUCAGAGGCAGAUUGAAACCUGCAAAACAGGGGAUGCCAAAGGGCAAUGGUUUGUUCCUUGUUUGAGCUGUUCAGACAACCGGACCUGUGACUGGCAGAGGGCAAGGUGGCAGCCAGACGGCUGUAAACACCUUUCACCAACAAAAAGGCAGCUUCAGCGGUGUAUGAGUGGAAGGAAGGUUCUUUUUAUUGGAGAUUCAACCAAUAGGGGAAUGAUGUACUACCUUAUGGAAGAAGUGAAUGAAACUCUUCAGGAGUGGGACAAAGCUCAUGACAGUAAAUUCUAUUACAAUUUAAAUGGAGGGCAGUCAUUCACUAGUUAUGUGUACUAUCCUCAGUUCUGGCUGAGUUUAGAUCAGAGACCAACAUUUGAAAAGGCUUUGGAGCAACUCAUUCAAAGGUCGCAUCCCUUAGAAAACAAUGAUCAGACAGUCCUGGUCGUAGGUGGUGUGCAAUGGUUAAACAAACGUCAUCUGGACAUCAUACAGAAGGUUUUACAAAGACAGAAUCUUUUGAAUAUUCUGGUAAUCAUAAAAUCUAUAGGAAUGGGAUUUCACCUGCCAGUGGAUGGAAUCCGAUCUUUGUCUUUGAUUACUGCAUCCUUUGAAAGACUUUGGGACAUAAUGGGAAUCAUCUUCAACCUUGAACAAACUCACCCACUGAGCAUCUAGAGCUGCCCAAGGUGAAGAACUCCUUGACCAUCUGCUUAAAGAAAUUUAUCCCCACCUCCAUCUCCAGUGGCACAUUCCUUAUUCUGAGACUCUACCCUAUAACUUCUAGACUCACUGAAAUGUUCUGUUUCUGACUUUCAUAUAUUGUUUGAAAAUGAAGGAGAUAUAGAAGUACUAUAUAAUAGCUUUAUAAUAAGAGCGGCACACACAAAGUGCUGGAGGAACUCAGUAGCUCAUUCAAUAUCUAUGGAAAGGAGUUAAACAGUUUGGCAUUUGGGCAAAGAUUCUUCUUCAAGUCUCUUGUAAUAAAGUAUUGUGCUAGCCUUCAAUGGAUCAGAAAUCCAUAUACUUGAUUUCUUAUCUUCCAAAAUUUCCCUGCAUCUUUGAAAGGAGAAGAUCUUGGUCUUUUUGUCUUUAAAUUCCAGCUAUAAGAUCCUUGUCAUAGCAAAUUUCAAAAGACAGUAUGUGUACAGCACUGGAAUGCUAGCAUAAGUUUUGCAUUCAAGUACCUUUUUUUUUUACAAGAACUGGGCCCAUAAACUUCAAGCAGUGUGAGAGUGCAGUGAGCUAAGCAAAGCUGACAUCUACUGUAUCCAAUCUCAGCUACAGUCUAUGGAAGAAUGCCAAAAGAAGCCAGCCAUUCCCCAGGCUUUUUGCUGUGUUCUUCUGAGGUACUCCAUAACAGCAUUGGCAUAAAUCUGGAAAUUGUUUACUUGUUUACCUUUAAUUCAUAACUGAGUGCAGAAACAACACAAAAGUAACACAGUGAUCCUUAAUACCACAAGAUUAGAACAAUUAUCAACAAAAUCACAUUUACCAAAUAAAGUGCUUGUUUUUUAUCAACUAUAUUAUACUGUAAACCAACUUACUUUGAGCCAAUAACCAACCAUCAAAAUUAGAUAUUGCCGCUCAUUCAACUUGAGAUUCAUCAACUCUUCCAUUUAAUUUUUUUUAAACAUUAUUUAGAGAUGCAAUGCAGAAAAGGCUCCUCAGGCCCAAUUAGCCACACUGCCUAGCAACCCACUUGUUUAACCCUAGCUUAAUCACAGGACAAUUUACAAUGACCGAUUAACCUACCAAAUGGUACAUCUUUGGACUGUGAGAGGAAACCAGAAGAAAUCCAAGCUACAACAACACAAAAUGCUGGGGGAAUUCAGCAGGCCAGGUAGUAUCUAUGGAAAAGAGUACAGUCGAGACCCUCCACCAGUUCUGAAUCUCCAAGCAUCUGUAGAUUUUCUUGUUUGCCAGAAGAAAUCCAAGCACUUACAGAAAGAACGUACAAAUUUUCUUAGAGAACACCAGAAUUGAACUCUGAACUCUGAUGCCCGGAACGGCAAUAGCGUCGUGCUAUGUUACCAUGGCACCUUUUACUUAGUACUUCAGUUCAGUACUGCCAUUUGCCUAAUGCAAGUUCAUAUCAACUCUUUUGAUGUUAACAACACUUCAUUGAAUAUUUCCUCACAUUUGUGACUUGAAAAAACAUUAGUGAAGCUGAAUAUUUGGUUUUAUAAUAGUUUUGCUUUCAAUGACUUGAUGCAAAUAGAUUAAAUGUGUGCAUUAUUUAUUUAUUAUUGAGACCUCUGAGACAUUUACAAUAGGAGUGGAAUGUUCAUUGUCUAGUAGCCAGCUACAGGAUAUAUAGUUAGAAAUUUGGGAGCAAUUUCAAAAUCAUCUGCUUUACCAUUUUGUGUUUUCUCUCUAAGAUCAAUAUCAGGGAGUUGAAGUCUCAAUUCUGAGUUAUCAAAAAGAUCCUUUAUUUAUAUUCUCCUUGGUAAGGAAGAAAACAGAAAUCUAUUCUUUUCUAAAUUAAAAUUACCCAAAUACUGGAAUGUGAAAUCCUUGCAACAGCAAACCAACCAGCUACAUCUAUUUUUUAUAUGGAAUAAAACAAGAACACCGGAAACACUGAGCAUGUCAAGCCGAAUUGUGAGAAGAGAAUCAGAAUUAACUUUCAGAUAGGUUCCGAAUGCUGACUGAAAACUCAAGAGGCUGCUGAUGCCGGAAUCUGGCUUGAAAUUCAGACUGGUUCUUUUGUUGAAGAUGCUACCUGACCUGCUCAGUGUUUGCAGCAUUUUCUGUUUUUAUUUCAGAUAUCCAGCAUCUGCAGGAUUUCAAAUAUCACAACUUCCAUUGUUUAACAAAUAACCAGUAUCAAAAAUCUGAUUUAUGGUUAGUGACAUCUGCUUUUUUCUUGAUCUACUACAUAGCAAGUAACCUCCAAGGUGGUUGAAAUGCAUGCACUUUCAAAAUGAAAUGAGCAAGAUGCUGUAUUGAUUUGCUUCUGACUAUGCCUAACAAGGUGUACAGAAACAUGCAAAUGAAUUUGCAAUACUGCUUGAAAGCGCCCAUGGAUUAUCUUUGCAAUUCCACUAAUGUUGUUAAUCAGAGUUGCCUAUGUGUUAUUAGCAGUGACACAUUGAAACAGAUGGGUGCCUUCUGCCAAGUUGGAAUUGGACUCAUGUUUUAUUACUCUGUGAAUCCUUGAAUAUAUUUGAUACACAAACCAUGACUCCUUGAAUAUACUUGAUACAUAAAACCCUUAUGGAGGCAUAAUGCCAUUUAUUUGUAAGUACCUGCCACUCAUCUACUGUAGCCAGGUUCAUCA